AAAAAAAAUGGACUAAAGGUGGACCUGACAUUCGAUCGAUUGAAAUGAAUUUCAGCUCGAGAAAAGGAACCUCAGGGGUGCGACUGUGUGAGACUAUAAGGGUGGUACAGAGUGAGUGAAUGACACCAGCAUCUUAAUCUGUAGUCUGCUAUCGAAUAGAGAUGGUAAUCCAAUCUCACAGCACGGAUGUGGAUGUCUCUCUGCGUAAAAAAACUUUGACCUGGACAUUUUCGCUACACUUCUGCGGCGCCGCAGAAUAAAGGACGGUCACCAUUGGAUGUUAGUUUUGUAAAUUAUUGAGGAGCUCUGCAGAAUUGUCAUGCCUAGACUUCGUUGGUCGGUGACGGCUGGCAGAUUGGUUUGUUGUCUUUCCGUAUAAACGAAGGAUGACGCUUGUAAGAGACCCAUAUCAGACAGGAGUUUAAGACUGGAGUGGAUGCGGAGUUCUCCGGAUCGUCUACACAACCGUUAGUGAUUUGUUUUCCCAACGGAGUUUGAACGGCACUGCGUAAAGAGAGAUGGAUUCAAGGUGUGACACUAUGUGGAACUACACGCUUGAUCCGACUGGUGCACUGAUAGAGCUCUACUCGAAAUUUGACACGGUCGCCAUCGGCAUCCUGAUGCCGCUCCUGAUGUUCUUCGGAAUCAUCGGCAACCUUGCUUUCUUACUGAUGCUAUGCCGUGUGCCGAAAAUGCGCUCCUUGACCAACUUCUACCUGGCCAACCUCGCCAUAUCCGACAUCGCCUUUCUGGUGUUCGCCGUCAGCACGAAGUUGUACGACUUUUGCAUCGGCAAGGUCAACUUCUCGCCAACCACCAAGGGCGUCUUCGAAUGCCUUUUUCGACAGUUGGUCGUGGAUGUCUCCUACUUCGCUUCGCUGUUCGUCAUCAGUCUAGUCUCGCUAGAGAAGUACUACGCCAUCUGUAAACCAAUACGGCAUCGGGUAAUCAGCAGCUGGGACCGCACUGUCAAGCUCAUUGCGUGUUCCUGGGUCGUCUCGGUGCUCAUUGCCAUCAGUGUUAUCCCUAGCUACAGCGUCAUCGAAUACAUGUGUUUCGUCUGGCCUGAAGAGGAGCAGUACGCCGACCUUCUCAGCGUAUACACGUGGUGCGUGGCGACGGGACACUUGGCCGCGUCGUACGCCAACGCCCUCCAGACCGUACCGUUCUUCAUCGCCUUCAUCUUGAACACCACCAUGUACGUGUUGAUAGUCCGUCGACUGAGCCAGCGCGCAGACCAGCCCAUCGGUCAGCAAGAAGCGGUGCCCGUCCCUGAUCAAGCCAUCCAUACCCGCAACCAGGUGGCCAAGAUGCUGGUCAUCAACGGCAGCGUCUUCUUUCUACUCCUGGCUCCCUUUGAGAUCGUCUCUAUUGUGAUCUCGGCUUACGCCCUGGAGUACGAGCAGGAACUCUUGAUCCUUCAGAUAUGUCGGUUGCUGUCCUAUCUUAACUCGGUCAUCAACCCCUUUCUCUUCGGUAUGGUGAACUCCAGGUACCGGGACGCCUAUAAACAGGCCUUCUUGCCGGCGCGUGGCAAUCGUGUGGGGGCGGCGCCGGCACCGGUCCCUGGCCUACCCGCGGCAGAACAGCCGAUCAGCCAACCCAGUGUCGCUACCUGUAACAACAAACAUGGAGACCAAUCGACCUCACAGCAGGCACAAUAG